AUGAAUAAGUUGUUAAAGCUAAGUGGAAAUGAGAAGCAGAGGGAAUUUGUAGAGGCGGCUGAAGAAGGCAUUAGGGAGCACCCAGACAACACGGGGUCUAACCGCGCAAAGGUCGCCUGCUUCACCAGCAUCUCUCAGAGGAACUCGGAGGAAAGGUGGCUCUCCAUCCAGCAGCACCCGCCAUCAGGCUGGGGAGUGCAGACAACCUCCCACGCGCUCGGGCCCAGCUCCCUCGCCCCACAGCGUCAGUCUGACCCCAUCGGAUCCGUUCCGGAGACGGAAACCACCAUUAGGUGUUGGUGGGAGGCGCCACUCUGCCUGAAGCCCAGCCCGUCCGCGGCGGCUCGGCGCACACCGCACCCGCCCGGCUGCCAGAGCUCGCCUGGAGCCACCUCCGGCCGGAGCGGCGCCGGGGACCGAUUUCGAAUCCUCUGCGGCUCGCGCGCGGGUCUCCCUCUGCGGCGGGUCCGACAGCACCCGCCGCGGACGCCCCGAACGCCCCAGGCCCCGGGCUCGCGGCGGCGACGGCGCAGCUCGCUGGAGUUUGACUCUCGGGCGGCGGCGCGGAGCCGCGGGCGGCGGCGGGAGCGAGGCGAGCCCGGCCGCUCGCCCUCCGCGCUGCGCUCGGAUUGGUCUCUCCCAGAGAGUGCUGGCCGAGGGUUGGCUGCGGGCCGGCUGAAGAACAGGUGCACCUUGCCGCCCGGGCUCGCGGAGCAGCCGCCGAGAAACUCGGCGCGCCGGGCCGGGCGAGCGGCGGCGGCGGCGGCGGCCAGGACGGCCCCCUGUGUCGGAAUGCGGCUUUCCGCGGCGGCUGCGGCGGCGGCAGCGGCGGGCGGGGGCCCGGACGGCGGCGGCGAAGGGGCGGCCGAGCCCCCCCGGGAGUUACGCUGUAGCGACUGCAUCGUGUGGAACCGGCAGCAGACGUGGCUGUGCGUGGUGCCUCUGUUCAUCGGCUUCAUCGGCCUGGGGCUCAGCCUCAUGCUCCUCAAAUGGAUCGUGGUGGGCUCCGUCAAGGAAUACGUGCCCACCGACCUGGUGGACUCCAAGGGGAUGGGCCAGGACCCCUUCUUCCUCUCCAAGCCCAGCUCCUUCCCCAAGGCCAUGGAGACCACCACCACGACCACUUCCACUGCGUCCCCCGCCACCCCCUCCGCCGGCGGCGCCGCCUCUUCCAGGACGCCCAACCGGAUUAGCACCCGCCUGACGACCAUCACGCGGGCGCCCACUCGCUUUCCCGGACACCGGGUGCCCAUCCGGGCCAGCCCGCGCUCCACCACCGCACGAAACACAGCGGCCCCCCCGACGGUCCUGUCCACUACGGCCCCCUUCUUCAGUAGCAGCACGCCGGGCUCCCGACCCCCGGUGCCAGGAACCGCCAGCACCCAGGCAAUGCCCUCCUGGCCCACUGCGGCAUACGCUACCUCCUCCUACCUUCAUGAUUCCACUCCGUCCUGGACCCUGUCUCCCUUUCAGGAUGCGGCCACCCCCUCCUCCUCCUCCUCCUCGUCUUCCUCCUCCUCUGCCACCACCGCGCCAGAAACGAGCACCAGCCCCAAAUUUCAUACAACGACAUAUUCCACUGAGCGUUCUGAGCACUUCAAACCCUGCCGAGACAAGGACCUCGCAUACUGUCUCAAUGAUGGCGAGUGCUUUGUGAUCGAAACCCUGACGGGAUCCCAUAAACAUUGUCGGUGCAAAGAAGGCUACCAGGGAGUCCGUUGUGAUCAAUUUCUGCCGAAAACUGAUUCCAUCUUAUCGGAUCCAACAGACCACUUGGGGAUUGAAUUCAUGGAGAGUGAAGAAGUUUAUCAAAGGCAGGUGCUGUCAAUUUCAUGUAUCAUCUUUGGAAUUGUCAUCGUGGGCAUGUUCUGUGCAGCAUUCUACUUCAAAAGCAAGAAACAAGCUAAACAAAUUCAAGAGCAGCUGAAAGAACCACAAAAUGGUAAAAACUACAGUCUCAAAGCAUCCAGCACAAUGGCAAAGUCAGAGAACUUGGUGAAGAAUCAUGUCCAGCUGCAGAGUUAUUCAAAGGCGGAAAGGCAUCCAGUGACUGCAUUGGAGAAAAUGAUGGAGUCAAGUUUUGCCGGCCCCCAGUCAUUCCCAGAGGUCCCUUCUCCUGACAGAGGAAGCCAAUCUAUCAAACACCACAGGUACAGCAGGAGUCUCUCCUCUUGCUGCAGCCCAGGGCAAAGGAGUGGUAUGCUCCAUAGGAAUGCCUUCAGGAGGACACCCCCCUCGCCCCGAAGUAGGCUGGGUGGCAUCGUGGGACCAGCAUAUCAGCAACUUGAGGAAUCAAGGAUCCCGGACCAGGAUAUGAUACCUUGUCAAGGGAUAGAGGUCAGGAAGACUAUACCCCACCUGCCUAUACAGCUGUGGUGUGUUGAAAGAUCCCUGGACUUCAAGUAUUCGUCCAAUGGUUUAAAAACCCAACAAAAUGCAUCCAUAAAUAUGCAACUGCCUUCAAGAGAGACAAAUUCCUAUUUUAAUAGCUUGGAUCAAAAGGACCUGAUGGGAUAUUCAUCUACAAGGGCCAGUUCCGUGCCCAUCAUCCCUUCAGUGGGUCUAGAGGAAACCUGCAUGCAAAUGCCAGGGAUUUCUGAAGUCAAAAGCAUCAAAUGGUGCAAAAACUCCUACUCUGCUGAUAUUGUCAAUGUGAGUAUUCCAGUCAGCGAUUGUCUUAUAGCAGAACAGCAAGAAGUGAAAAUAUUGCUAGAAACUGUCCAGGAGCAGAUCCGAAUUCUGACUGAUGCCAGGCGGUCAGAAGACUACGAACUGGCCAGCGUAGAAACUGAGGACAGUGCAAGUGAAAACACAGCCUUUCUCCCCCUGAGUCCCACGGCCAAAUCAGAAAGAGAGGCACAAUUUGUCUUAAGAAAUGAAAUACAAAGAGACUCCGCAUUGACCAAGUGACUUGAGAUGGAGGAAUCUGUGCAUUCUAUGCUUUGCUCAACAGGAAAGAGAGGAAAUUAAAUACAAAUUAUUUAUAUGCAUUAAUUUAAGAGCAUCUACUUAGAAGAAACCAAAUAGUCUAUCGCCCUCAUAUCAUACUGUUUUUUAACAAAAUAUUUUUUUAAAGGGAAAGAAACGUUUCAGGAGGGAUAAAGCUUACAACGAAAGCUUUUGGGUAGAAUUCUGAAUACAAUUUCAGUUAGUCCCAACACCGGCCUCGUUGGCUCUUAGUAGAUGUGGGUAAUUCAGAUCCUUAGCCCCACAGCACCAGUGUCCUCAUAAAAAAGCAUUGGCAGUUACCUGGUUUCAAAGAGAUGAGCUGUAUCCUGAGGGCGGACGUGCCAGGGAGCAAGUGGCCCUUGCCAUUUGCCUUGCCAGUCCCAACCCCUAAAUUUCUAUUCACUCGACAGCCUCAUCACAGGUUAUGUCCUGUCAACAAAUGUAGUGUUUUCUAUUUCAUUUUUGAAGAAUGGCACAAAAACGCUGUAAGGGGGAGGGUAGGAGAUAGAAGGACUAAUUGGGGGACAAUCUUCGCUACUCUUAUGUGCCAGCUUCCUCUGAAAUUUGAAGGCACAGAAUCUCAGAGGGAGGUGUGAAAUUAUUAUAGAAAAAGAGAUGAGAAAAAUCACAAUGUCGUGUCACUAAAAUCAUGCUAAUAGAAAGAAGUGUUUUUCUUUGAGAUUGUUUAGGGGCUCCAGAGGAGCAUUUCUCAGUGUGUGCGUGCCCUUUGUGCGUGUGUGUGUGUGUGUGUGUGUGUGUCUGUGUGUGUGCGUGCACGUGCGCACAGGCGUGUGUCUGUAUGUGCUUGCUCACUUGAGCACAGGUAUGCUGUAUGCACAUGUGUUCAUUGUGUGUAUGUGUGUGCAUGUGUGUGCAUAUUAAGCUUGCUAAAAUUUGUUCUGAAACAUCAGGGAAUUUAAUAGUCAGAAAAGAAAUUUCCCUCUCAGAUCUGUUCACUUUGAAUUUAUACAUUAAGUGUAAAAUUCAGUUAGUAAGUUCUUAAAUCAAGGUCACUUGCAUGGCGGGGUCCUUUAAAACUCUUGACAAUGUCAAGAUCAUUUUCUGGUGUGAAUACUUUUGAGAGGAACAACUAUUGGCUCAUUAAUGGUAUCAGUAUCACAAGGCAAGUUGAGGAUGUGUGUUUAUUUUGAAUCAUGCGUACUUAAAUUAUUUACACAAGCCAAUUAUCAAACUGAAAGUUACCCUUUGCUUUCUCAUCAUCCUCAUUAUUAUUUAUUUUGUAGCAAGUCUACUAUUUGUGGACCAAGACAUUGGCUUCUGUGGUUAAUAUGGAAAGAAUAAAUUGUUGAAAUCACAAAGCCCAGACUUUUCAGUUCACAGGAAGCCCCCAAAAGAACAGUAAAUUGUGUUGUAUGUUCAUUUGGAAUAAAGCAAUAUUUUUACCACUGCUGAGGUGAACUGAAACUUCUCCUGAAGAUUCGUCUGUUUUAUUUACCCUUAUUUUCAUGGGGCAUUCAAGGAAAUUAGUGUUCACCUAACCGGUCUUUUCCAAUUAUUGGUGGUGUUGAGUUGUUAUGUUUACACUGUUUUAAAUAAAAAGGCACAGUAUUUGAAAGUAUAUAAAAGAUUUCUUUUACUGCAGUCUGGGAAGACUUUGGUUAAAUUUCCUUGUGGAAGAUUCACAUUACCUUGAAAGGGAAUGUAAUUUCUGAAACAAAUAUUGAAUAUAUACAAUUCUUUCUUGAGUUUAUGUUGUUUCUGUUUAAAAUACAUAGCAAAUUGCUCUUUGAGAACAUUCUUUAAUAAUAGACAUAUGCCAUGUAGGGAAAAAAAUCAUUGUUUUCUUAUCAACACUGUUUAGUGAAACUUCAAGGUCUCAAAUAUUGAAAAAACACUUUGGUAGAAAUGCAUUUUAUAUUUAACAAAAGGUUUUGGUAUUCAUUAACUGUCCUAUUAUACUUAUGUUAUUUUAAAUAUAGAGGUAAUGCUGUUAGACUCUUAAAAGAUUAUUACAAAUUUUUAAUGUCUAGAUCAUCUAGGUUCCCAUUUAAAAAAUUGUAUCUUUGGGAAUAUCUCAGAAAGGUGGUCUUCAUUUACAAGUAUAUAAAAAAAUCCCAUAAGCUGCGUAUUCAAUAUGUUAUUGGGUUGAAAUUUAUCACUCUUAACAAACACUAACUGGAAGGCCUCACAAGUCUUUUGAAGUCAACCUUGUUUCUUCGGUUUUUCAUCAAAAUGUUACCUGUUGUAUAACUAAAGGAUUCAUACAGAUUUCACCUAGUUAGCAGGUUAUAAUUACGUGGCCUGCAGCAGUCAAGUCAAAUAUUAUUUUCUCUGAAAAGACUGAAUAUUUUCAACCAAAUUUGAGUCCUAAUCCAGCCCCCUACUCAUUUUUUUUAAAGUGGAACCAUACAUCGUAUGAUUAUAAACACCUUCGUGCAUCCUGAUGAACAUGAAUAUCAGGCAUAUCCACUGGUGGUCUGAUGUAGUUUAGAGAUAUAGUUACUUCCUAAUUGAUAAUCAAGACAAAAUAUUCCAUGAAGAACAGAUAUUAAUGGUUAUUUCAUUAGUUAUUUGUCUCCUUUUGGAAUAUGAAGCUCUCCUGUAUAAAGGGUCCAAGCCCAAAAUGCACAUGUUUGGGCACCACCUGACAAGUGCUGAUAGCAUCAAGACUCAAAGUUGAUAUAACAUGACAAACACCUGGAGCCAUCGGUACCUUGUCCUUCAAGCAUGUGCCUACAGAGAGGUGCUUAUUUCUACAAGACACCUUUGAUUUUGCUUCAUGUUCCUUGUCUUUGUUAUGUGAAGAUAUUUGGAGGUUUGUGAUAAAGUAAGUUGCGGAUUAGUUAUUUACUGAAUAAUGAAUGUCACUCAUUAUUUUUUUACUCUGAAUCAUUUUCUGAUUAGUCUUUUUUUGAUGCAUAAAGUAUAUGUUAUUCUAAGUUGCCAGUGACUGCUGUGGAACGCUGUUGUGCAAAAUAUAUGACCAAUUUUAUGCUAAUGGGAAAUAAUAGAAAUGAUGUUGAAUUGGCCUCCAAAUUUUCUUUCGACUUUUUUGGUACGUUAUUAAAUGCUCUGUUUUACACUCUAAUCCAAUAUUUACCUUGCUGUGAGUUAAGGACUUAAUAUUUGUCCAUUUAUUCCAUCUCCAGCGAUUCACAUCAUUUCUAAGUAGCAAUAGGUCUUCUGCAGGAGGAACAGCACUGAUUUUAAAACUCCACAAAUUAAUCUCUUUUGAUAAUAAUAAUAGCAUAUCAGACCUACCAAAACGAGAAAAGGAGGGCCAAGCAGACUUCAAGAGUGUGUACACUGGCUUCCGGAUUAAAUGAUGGCUGCAAUUUAAGUGAGCCCUCUGGCGGCCACGGUGAAGGCUGUCAACAAUCAGGUCUCCACCAGAGUCCGCUUGUUGUAUGCAGCAGUCACACACACCCAUCUGCUGUAUGGUGCUACAGGAAACCCUGGCUCCCUAAGUGAGGGGAGAUGGUGGUUCCUUUGAUUCCAGCCCUGUAAGCCAGAAAAUAUCGCCCUGAGACAAGAGCUGUGAAACAUUUCCCAAAUGAGGAAAUAGUAUACUUAGAAGCAGAGCAGGAGGGGCGGGAUUUUUAUUUGAUCUUUUGGUAUCUGGGAAACAUUUUCUAUAUAAAGAAUACUUUUUUAUUAUUAUUCGAUUGUAUAGAUUCAGUAUCGUGUAUUCUAUGAUAGCACAUCUCUACUGUGUUUGUACUUUAGUCUUCAGAAAUUCAGAUUUCAUCCAGGAAAGAUCAGCACAGUGUUUCUGGGCUGUUCUCAAUUUUAGAUGCAUCCCAAUAUGUCAAGGGAAAUGAUGCCUUUAAAUAAGCUUUAUCUCUUCCUCUUUUAUUUUUUCUUUCCCUUUUAAAGAAAUAGUGAGGGUAAAGGAAGAAAUUCAUUCCUUAAGAUCUACAUUGUUUUCUUAUAAUAAUCUAUUUUCUACUGUGACUACACACACAUAUACACAUACAUACAUAUUUAACAUAUAUGUAUAUAUAAAAUAUGUAUAUGAAACUUACAUGUUUGAUUAUUUUGUUAGCUUUAUUUUUGCUUAAUUUGACAAAUAUUAAGGUGAAAUCCAAUGAAAUCAAACUAUGUAGAGGUCGGCCAACUUUGCAAUAUUUAGGUGACACAUGCAUUUUCCAGAACUUUCUCUUUCUUAGGUAAGCAGAAAUAUCCUUGGGCUGGAAAAUUCACAAGACCCUGAAAUAAAAUCUCUGCUAGAUUAUCUCUUAAACCUAAAGAUUAAACUAUGGGUGUAUAUGAUUGCUGUCCCUAUGGCUAUAAUGGUCUCAAAUAUAUUUUUUACAAAUAUAAACAUAAGUUCUCCCAAAGGUGCCUACACAGGUACCUUUGGCUUCUAGUGCCCACAGGCUCUAGUGCAGAGUUGAGUUGAAGACACGGUGUAGGGGGGUGGGGGAGGAAGGGUUGGAUAUUACACGUUAAUAUUGGAUUCCCAGUGAAGUUAUGAAGUUAAUAGCAGACGUGACCAGACACAAUCUUGAUAAAAUAGAGAGUAGGCUUCUAGUACUUUCAAAACUUUUUGUCCUAAACAUCUAUAUCAAUUGCAUAGGUAUUGUUGCCUAUGAAAUAAUUAAUUGUGCGAUAGCAAACAAUUUAUGUUGAGAGUCAUCUUUGUGAAAGCUUGUGACUUAUACAUACUAGUAGCUCCAUGACCCCAUCUGUCAAAAAGGGAGGAUGAUCUAGUUCAUCUUUGAUCUCCUUCCAAAUUGAAUAAUACCUGUUAUCCAACCACUCUAACUUAGACUUUACUUGGUCAUUUUUCAUGCAAUCAUUUCAACACAACCCCUCGGGAAUGUGUUGUAGAUAUGUCUUGUAAGGCUCAAAAAUUAUUGGAACCUGUAUAUCAAUCUAUAAAUAAGACUUACAUUUAUAAUAUUCCAUUUAAUUUCCAUAGAGAAUAGACAGGAUCACCUUUGUCAUUUUUAAAGUAUAUUUCCCUAGGACAGGUAAGAAAGUAGAAAGAGGAUGGCCACAAGAAUACCUAACUUUAAACCUUGAGCAUCAAAAUUUGCCCCAGAUUUCUGGAAUAAAUUUUGCUGCAGCUUUUUUUUUUAAAGAAAGUGUAUCCUUUGUGAACCUUUAUCAAACCCUGAGUAAAGGGUGCUUCAGAGAAGGCAUGAGACUUUGAACAUGUUCUCUUCUCACAGACGCAGUGACACUCACUAGAUACACAGGAUACAUGUUGAUAUACUCAAUUAUUUUUGCAUCUCAAACUCCUUAAGAUAAACCCUCCAAUUAAUAGUCAAUAAAUUAUCUGGGGACACUUCCACAUUAUAGUUGGAAAUAAUCUGCCCUUUGGGGCACAAUAGACCAAAAAAUGCAGAGUUUACUUAUUUAAUUUUGGUUUUAAUUACUGUUUCUGACAAAUCAAUAUCUAUUUGCUCUUCCAUAGCAUCCUGACUAGGACUAACAUUCUUCCAUAUAAUUUUUCUUCAUCAAUAUCCCAAAGUCUGAAUUUCUUAGUCUUCAGUAAAACAAUGUAGAAUUUUAAACUAUGUGAAUCAAAAACAAUACAUCUCUUUGUGUUGUUUUUAAAGUCAUAAGGAUUCCAUUUAGUUGUUUAUAAAAUCCAGAAGAAAAUGCACUUUUUUAAACUUUUUGACGUUAUUUAGACGUCUGAUGAACCAUUCACACAACCUUGUUCCACAUUACAUUGAUACAGUCCUUUCUGAAAUCAACUUAAAUUGAAGGGCUUAAACAAUCACACACACACACACACACACACACACACACACACACACACACACACCACAAACACACAGCAUUUUAAAAGUCAACGUGUCCUCCUUUUCUGUAGAGUUUUCUCUUACAGCUCACCCAAAUGUGUCCAAACUCUCAUGACAUGGAUGUCCUUGGAUUCAAAUAUGUUUCAUAGGAAAUGCACACAGCAAAAAUAUACAGUGAUUCUCUUUUAAGGUUUGUCCUAUACACCUGAUUUUGAAUCCUGUCUUUAUCAAAAAUGUCUGCAGAGUAGAUACAUUUGUUCAAACUGAAAUAAAGGGAAGAACAUACUACUCACCCUAAAAUCAUUACACAUUUAAGUGGCCACUGUGUAUAUUUCAAAGAUAAUUUGAGGGAAAUACCUUGACUCCCUCUUAUUUUUUCAAGUAUCCAAUUAUACAUAUUAAAUCUAAAUGAAAAAUGAAUUCCCUAGUUCUUCAUAAUUAAUAUAUUUUAUUAACUGAUUUAACCAUAUUUUAAAUACAGUAUGUAAGUCACACACAGAAGAAUACAUACAAAAUGGUCAGCAGAAUAUCUUUAGUAGUUAUUUAAAAUUUAAAAAAAAACAGGAACAAUCUCUUGUGCCUAUGAUAGUGAUUUUGUUUCAAGGAGUAUACAUGUUUCUUUUUCCAAGAAAUUAUUUCAAAAUGCUAUUCUCUACUCUGUGAAGUAGAUAUGAAGGCUUUCAGAAAUAAUGUAGAUUUUUGUCCCUUGACACCCCAGUAAAGUUUGGUUACAUUUUGUGGCACUUUUUUCAAGGGAGAUACACCAUACUGCUUAUUAAAAAUCAUAAUAUUAAUGAUCAAUUUAAUAAUAAUCUUGACUUUAUCAUGUAAGUUUUCAUCUGUGGAGUGACUCCUUGACUACCAUUUCCCUGUUGUAUCUUCUUAAAGAGUAGUCUUUGAUGAAUCUGGACACUCAGAUUCCCUUAGGUUGGGUUUUUACUGCAUGUUCCUUUUAUCUCACUUCUCAUUUAUUAAACUGGAAAUUUUCAGCUAAAAUGAGAGACUAAUGUGAUUUUGUAGAGAAAAUAGCUUUGUUCUUUUGAGUUGUGUUAGUGGAGGAAUAAACUAGUAAUGUUUCAAAUGUAAGUGAUAAUAAGGUUCAUGACUUUAGCCAAUAUCUUCUCAAAUACAGACAUAGCCUAGGGCCCUUUCAUUUUCCAAAUAUCGUUAACAGACUUUUCAACCUUCUUAUUGUUGUUUUUUUUACAAUAUUUUCUAUUUUGUAAGAGAGAAAGAUAAAAUCAUCCAUCUAUGUAAAAUAACAAAACAACAAAUAAAAGAAAAUGAUCAUCUUUAAACAUUGAAUAAAAAAUAAACCAAUAACAUUUUUAAAGGCUUCAAGUAAAAUACAACUAAAAAUCAAAUCUAAGGCUAAAAUAAUGUAAAGAAAUAUUAGGUAACUGGUUUGCAAAAUAAGAUGGGUUUCUGUUUCAUAAUUCUCUGUAAACUGGACUCUCCCCAUAAUAAUAUUUCAUUUUUUAGAAUUUCUGUUGGGCAUUAAUUAUGCCUACUGAGCUCAAACAUUAAAUAUACUAAAAUCAACACUUUUGCCAUUUCUUCCAACUUGACACAAAUUUAUGAAAAUCUAUGUUUAAGAUGGGAAAAAAUGCACAGAUUUGUAGAAUGAAUUGUUAAAUAUUAAUCCAUUCUUAUUUUCUCAUUGACAGUUUUCUCCAAAUGUUCCAUAUUCUAAGCUGAACAUAGAUGAAGCUACUGAAUCAAAUACGGAGACAGAUGCCAACACAUUCUGAAAAUUAAAAUGUGUGGCAUAGAUAUAUGGAGUGGCAGAAUAGGAAAAGGCAAGCUCACUUGGAAUACCUGAGGGAAGUUAGAAAUUCAGGUACUCAUAGGAUCUAAGAAGAGUCUACUGCAGUAAGUUAAUGAUUAAGGCCAAGCCAAACCAACCAACAAACAAAGCCGAGUACAAAGUAUGACCAGUCUUGUUUAUGUGAGUCAUCCUCCACUUUUUUCUUUCCUGCAGUAUCAUUUUUAAAGCAAAAUCUUUCUUAGAUCAAAAACCUAAACGGCUGAAAAGUAUACCAGAGAGAUUGAGAAAUGGGGUAUUCCUAUGUU